ACCAGUCAGUCGAUCAGUCAGUCAGUACUCAGUGACGGUUCAGUUCUAGUGUUUACCCUGUACAUCUUUUGCAUUUUAAUUAACUUAGUAAAGCGUUUAGCUUUAGUAAAAUUGAUUUUAUUUUUGAAGUCUGGGUUUAACGUUUCGGUAUGGCAUUGAAAAGUGGUUUUAGAAUAACGUUAAAAGGGGUCCUCAUUAUCCUGUUGAAUGUAUGUCCUUUGUCAGGGUACAUGGUUGACACUGGGCAGUGUGAAUGCAUGCCUUACAGCAAACCAUGCAACAAGGAAGCUGUUUUGAUAUCGGUGGCAUCGGCAUUCUCUAAUCGGGUUUUAGCUUGCUUGCCAGGAAUGCGGUUGUGCUGUGAUGAAAGGCAAUCGCUGGGAGGACGCAGUGAACGAAUUGGAUUGACUGACCAUAUAAGAGGCUUUGUUCUGCAAAUGCCUCAUUUGCUACGUAGAAACAGGACAAAAGCACAAAAUUUUGGUAAAGGUGCGAAGAGUCGAAGCGAAAGCAAUGCUUACAACCCUUUACUUGAUGCUGAAAAAAUUAAGAACAGCCAAGAGAGUGAACAUAACCAUUCUACUGGCACUUCAUCACCAGAAGUUAUGGAAGAUCGAAAACCUUUAGAUUUUACAACAGGUACGGACAAAAACCCUGAUGACACGAAUGAUAAGGAAGGGAGCGAAGUCUUCAAAAAUAGUAUAUUGGAGACGAGACAAUUGACCCAUGGAGAGACUCCUGAACCCAAAACAGAAAACGUUAAUCAGAUGUUGAAUACAAGAGCAGUUGUUGGAAAUGAAGAAGAACCCAUCAAAGAUUGUGGUGAACGAGGUAAAUGCCCAAUGGUGGGUAUCAACAUAUCAAACACAGUGGCAGAAACUUUGGGGACAGCGUCAAGCAGUAAUUCAGGAAGUGAAAAUGGUAUUACUACUUUAACAACUUUGAGCUUGACAACUUUGCUAGAGACAAGCAGUGUAUUAGGAAAACAGAGGAUAGAUAAAACAGAGGAAACAACCCAGACAUUGAUGGUGGGGGAAGUUAAUACAGUUGCUGUAACAUCUGUAUUAAGUGCAGCAACUCCAUAUGAGUCAUGGGCACCAGUAGAGGAAGCUGCUACUAACAUUACUACAGCAACAAACACAGUAGAGGAGGUGGGAGUGUCUUCAUUGGUUAUGUCUGAAAAUAAGGAUACUGAAUUACAUUCUUCAUAUGACAUAGAGUACCCAGUGACCAGGAUUUCUGAUGCAGUAACUAGUAGUAACCCAGUUUCAUUACUGAUAGACCUCAAAAGUAGUGAAUUUUCCUUCAGUGUUUCAGAAGUACUGGAUAGUAAUCAUCUGAAUUACAGUACACUAACUUCAGGAAUAGAGGCUACACCAGUGAAUGAAAUAUCAGAAGCUACUGGAUUUGUGCAAGUGAUCCCAGUCUCAAAAGUUCCUGUAGCCUUGAUUUCUAAUAAAGAUAAUGAAACAACCAUGAUGAACUCUACAUAUAUAUCUCCCAACAUAACACAAGAUCAUCAGCCUGUACUCUUUGAGGCACACAGUACUUCUAGUAUUCAACAUAUGACUCAAGUUUCUGUUGAAUAUAAUGAACAGAAAAGUCCUACGGCAGAAUUGUUGGCUACUGGUGUGCAAGGUUCAGUUACUCCCCUGAAGGACUUUAGUACAAGACACUCAACUCAACUGGAGAGUUCACUGCAUGCAGUCUCGACACCAAGUGCAAAUUUUAAUGAUCUUGGAGUUCUAUCAUCUCCGACAAUGCUGGAGAGUUCCUCCCAAGCUGGGGAUGGAGGGAAGCCAACAGGCCUUACUAACGAUAUCAUAUUAGUAGAAAUGGCGAGCUUCGCAUCAGGAAAAGAUACCAACAACUCUCAUCAAAUGACAACUUUAGCGGGAAAAAUUGGUGAUACGGAUUUGAUUUCACGUACAGGAAAAUCCUUAAAUUUGGACAAAACUCUUCCUCCCAACAACUCACCUUCCACCUAUUCAGCUGAAGGUGCUAAUACCUUUGCACCAGAGGCUUAUUCUAAAGGAAGUAAAGAACUUCCAGUUGAAUUUAGAAAUUUCUUGCUUCCGAACACCGAGUUGGCCAUUACAGAAAGUAAUAUAAAGUACACCACAACUAAAACCUAUUACAUUAUUAUGAGACCUGCUAAAAGUUCACUUGUGCCUACUACCAUGGAAAAAGUUUCUGCUACCAUCAAAACAAAUUCAGCCCAUUUCACAUCAAUUCCACACACUUCUCAAGGAAGUGUUAGGCUCUAUCAGCCAACAUUUAUCAAGCCUUCACCUGAUUCGCAGGAACAAUUCAAUGACUAUUUGAAGACUGUUCGUAAAGAAUCUAGCGAGUCAAAUCCUGGAAAAAAUAGUUUUUUUAAUUGGAUUUUUGGGUAACUUAAAUCUAUUUUUUGCUCGCCAAGAAAAUAUACCUUCAGUAUUAAGCUUUUUAAUUUCUAGCAAUUUUAGACUGAUUCAAGUUUUAAGUUUUUAUCGCCAGUCUUAUACACGCAUGAACAAUUUUAAAUACAAAACAAUUUUUCUUCUUAUAUCCUUGACUUUUUCUUUUUAUAGAAUUGUUUCACAGGGUAAUUGCCGACAUCUGAUUUACUUUGGGUUUCGUGCUCUGCAGCCCUUGAGUUAAUACUGUUAUGUUAUUUAUUUUAGAUGGCCAGCUUUUUAAAGAUACCCUAGUGAAAUUUCUAGUCAAAUAUUUUAAGAUAAAAACUUGUCUUCAUUAAUGUUUAAGUGAACUGUUUUUAAGUUUUGAGUGCAAAUGUCUGUACACGAAUUUCUAUUUUGCCAUAGAAAAUGCUAAUUUAAUUCUUUAAUAAAUGUAUAAUGCUUUGAAUAAAAAUGUUCAAGCAUUAAGCUUUAGUUUUAGAAUGUUUUAUAUCCUUAUAAUAUUUUGUUAUAACUUGCAAUAAGAGGUUGUUUAAAACUCCAGAAUACUAAAUAUUUGUGCUUUCAUAAAUUCCCUCUUUGAGGUCAGAGACUGUAGUACGUACAUCUUAACGUAACUGAUAAGUAUCUUUACGUUAGAGCUCGGCAUUUGGGUGCAAUGAUCUCGAGAUGCAGUUUCAACUGUUUCAGACUAUAUGCAUUAAAACAGGGCUAACAAUUUUUGGAGCCAAUAAAUGUGUAAACU